AUGACACUUUUUCUUAGUCUUCAAGGUGGUUUAACGUUAGUUCUGGGAUGGAUCUGUCCAAAACUGAUUCUAACUGUAGUGAAAAUGUCUGAAUAUUAUCGUAGAAAACACAGAAUAUCAAUCCAUCCGAUGCAUUCACUUUCAAUCACAUCAGAUCGUCUCGAAUGCAUUGCUGAUCUUCAAACAUCCAAACGAACAACUGUUUCAUCAACUUGGCGUUAUUCGAAACUAAUCUUGUUAGUUGUUUCAUUGAUAUUACUGUUGAUCAGUAUUGUGAUAUUUUCCGUUUAUUAUGCGAGAAAAGGUAGAAGAAUUCAGUUUUUUGAUAAUUAUGCAGAAAUAUUGUCUUGA